AGAUGCUAAUUUCGAAACGUGAACAUCUGCAAGGGCGGGCAUCUGUCGUUUCAAUAAGAGCUGGGUUAACUGAAGUGGGAGGGACUCGUUUUCUAACUUCUCUCAUGGAGAAUGAGAAAUUAAGCAGUAAUACUUCCAGAAACCAUCAGAAAGAAAAAUGUCAGUGACACUGCAUACAGAUGUAGGUGAUAUUAAAAUAGAAGUCUUCUGUGAGAGGACACCCAAAACAUCUGAGAAUUUCUUGGCUCUUUGUGCCAGUAAUUACUACAAUGGCUGUAUAUUUCAUAGAAAUAUCAAGGGUUUCAUGGUUCAAACAGGAGAUCCAACAGGUACCGGAAGAGGAGGCAACAGCAUCUGGGGCAGGAAAUUUGAGGAUGAAUAUAGUGAAUAUCUUAAGCACAAUGUUCAAGGUGUUGUAUCGAUGGCUAAUAAUGGCCCAAACACCAAUGGAUCUCAGUUCUUCAUCACCUAUGGCAAGCAGCCACAUUUGGAUAUGAAAUACACAGUAUUUGGAAAGGUAAUAGAUGGUCUAGAGACUCUAGAUGAAUUGGAGAACUUACCAGUAAAUGAGAAGACAUAUCGACCUCUUAAUGAUGUACACAUUAAGGACAUAACUAUUCAUGCCAAUCCAUUUGCACAGUAGCCAUAAUAGAUCUGGAAGAAUAUUUGGCAAACUAUUCAGAGGA